UUUUUUUUUUUUUUACAAAUAUAAUGACUUUAUAUGAUUUAACUAGUGAUACCGCCACUCAACCUACGGAUGAGAUGUUUGAUAUCAUGAAAACGGCUUCUAGAGGGGAUGAUGUAUUCUCACAAGAUACCUCAGUUCAUGAAUUAGAACAAUAUAUGGCCGAUUUACUGGGUCAUGAAGCCGCCUUAUUUGGUACAUCAGGUACAAUGACUAAUCAAUUAGGAUUACGUUGUUGGUUACUUCAUCCUCCUCAAUCUGUCUUAUGUGAUUCUCGUGCUCAUGUUCAUGUGCAUGAAUGUGGAGGUAUUGCUUAUCAUUCUCAAGCUGCUGUCACUCCUGUGAUUGCCUCCAAUGGUAUUUAUUUAACUAAGGAAGAUGUGGAAGCUCAUAUUAGUACUGAUACCCUUUGUGGUGCUCCAACUAAAGUGAUUUCUCUUGAAAAUACAUUAAAUGGGACAAUCAUGCCAAUUCAUGAAAUUCAAAGAAUCAGUGAACUUGCCCGUUCUCGAGGUAUCAAAAUGCAUUUGGAUGGAGCUCGAUUAUUUGAAGCAUCACAAGCCACGGGUGUAAGCAUGAAGGAAUAUGGUCAAUGGUUUGAUAGUGUAUCUGUAUGUCUAUCCAAAGGAGCGGGUGCACCUAUCGGAUCUAUCUUGGUAAGCAACAAACAAACAAUCCAACAUGCUCGUCAUCUUCGCAAAUUGAUGGGAGGUGGUUGGCGUCAGGCUGGCAUGUUGGCCAAAGCGGCUCUUCAUUGCAUCAAGACUGUUGUGCCCACCAUGCCACAGACUCAUCAGUUGACACGUCGCCUGGCUGAUGGCCUUGUCGAUCUUGGCUUCAAACUUGUUGUGCCUUGUCACACCAAUAUGUUGUUCAUCGAUUUCAGCCCUCUCACUACCGCCACCAUCGCCGUGCCACUUUUAGAACAACAUAAUAUCAAGAUCUCAAAUACCCCAGGGUCCUCAUUGUGUCGUAUCGUUUUACAUUAUCAAAUCACUUCCGACGUUGUCGAUCGUUUCUUAUCUCUUGCCACUGAUUUGGCGGCUAAACAUAAAAUUACCCCUUCUGGUGAUAGUGCUAUCUGUUCUCGUUCUUCUUCUGUAGUCAGUUCUGUUACUGAUCUUUCUAGUGCAUAUCCUUCUGUUCAAUAAUUUAUAAAUACUUUUUAUAUAUAAUAAUAAAAAAUCAUCACGUUUCAUUUUAAUGUUUUUUUUUA